AUGUUUGGUGAUAAUAACGGUGAACCAACUGAAAUUUAUAAAUACAAUGAAUCAUUAGAAUUACAUAGCCUCCCUAUUUUCACUAGAUCCCAAUUAUCUAAUUAUAAUGGAGAAACCAGGGACGAAAUUUAUGUUGGUAUAAAAGGUUAUAUAUAUGAUGUUACUUCCAACGCUCAAAGUUAUGGUUAUGGUAAACCAUAUCAUGUAUUCGUUGGAAAAGAAGCUACUAGAUUAUUAGGAUUAAAUAAAUUAAAAAUUGAUGAUUUGGAUGGGAAAGAUACUUGGGAUUAUUCAGAUUUGGGUGACAAACAAUUGGCUAUAAUUGACGAUUGGAUUAAGUUUUUUAAGAAUCGAUAUAAAAUAGUUGGAAUUAUAGUUGAUCAUGAAGGAGAAUAA